UAAGCAGGUGGCUGGCAGUAAGAGGUUUUGCGUUAGAAAAAUCUGGAAGGUGCAGAGUUUGGCAAUCCUCACAUGCGGUCAGCUGUUGAAAUGAAGUAGAGCUGCGGAGGGGUCAUGCUCUGGGAUUUGCGAACUCUCCUGCUGGUGGUUCCAUCGACGAGGGAGAGGGGCGAAACCCUUAGCAAGUUACUACUGCACUCGAACUUCUGUAGCAGUCAGUGAAGCAGACGCUGGUCUUUAUAUUACUUCUGCUGACGGUAUACAGUCGCAGUCAGCACCUGUACUACCGUUGCGUGAAUGUAUUAUUAUGUUUAAUGAAGCCCGGUACUUAAGAUGCGUUGUUACUGCGUCGGCUUUUUUUGCUUUUUCCUUCAUCUCUUGUGGAGACUGAAAUACGGAAAGGGGGAAGUGCAGCGCACCGGAAAAUAAGGUUUUAAAUGUUCCCUAGGAGAUCUAAUAGUAAAACUACCUUGCAUCCCAUGGAUGACUUCAGGAGGGCAGCAAUCAGACGGAAACCAAGAGCAGAUGCUGCCUCGGACUGUGACCGGGAGAACUCCUUAGAUAAGAAAAGUAAACAGAACUGUUUCUCCUCAAAGACCUCAGAUGAAGCAGCUUGUGUGGGACUGAAAAUUGCUCAGGCUAAAGGCAGCAGCACCUGCUGUAGUCCAAAGUCUCCAUCACCGAACAGCAGAGCAAGCCCCAGCAAUCCUUUGCCUGUUGGGAGCUGGGCAGCUCAGGCAGCAGGCUCUGAGGAUGCUCAGGGGAUAAAUGGAAGAAAUAAAACCGACAAGGCCUCUCACAGUGUCAACCCAAAGCCUCAAGUGCCUCCAAAACCUGCUCACCUUCAGAGUCCAUGCCCAGAGCCGCCACGACACCCUGCUGAGAGAAACCUGCGCACCAGAGGCACUAUGGAAGACGGCAGCCUAGCAGGGAAAUCCCGAGAAAAGCCCUCCAAAGUGUCAGACCUGAUCAGCCAUUUCGAAGAGAACAGCCACCCUGAAGGAAAGAGAGAUGGGUCUCACCUCAAGCCCUCUUCCAGGCACCAGGUGAAACUCCACAACGCCAACUCUCCGCAAUCCAGGUUCCAGCCCAGGCCAAAGCAGGAGCUUGUACUGUCCUCCCACAGCGCUGAAUCGGCUGCUGAGGAUGUGCUCACGCACACUACCAACGGCGUUUUAGCACAGAUGGAAGGCAGUGAUAAGGAGGUGCUGCCGCACACAAAAAGCAGCCUGGAGAGCCAGCCCCAGGAGCUUAGGAUGAAAGCUGACCAGCCGCUGGUGAAUGGUGAUGGAGGGGACUUGAGCGCAAAAGCUCUGGAGGCACACCAAGACCAAGCUAAGAAUAGGUUAAGCCAGGAUCCUGCCAGCCCGCUGCCUGUGGAAACUGUGGACACUGGAGAUCCCAAAUCAGAUGGGGAAAAGAAGGCCCGGGAGCCAAGUAAGGAAACAAAUGAGCAGAAACUUUACAACAUAGCCAAUGAACUUCUACAAACUGAAAAGGCUUAUGUUGCCCGGCUUAACCUCCUAGACCAAUUCUUUUGUGCCAAGCUGAUGGAAGAAGCCAACAAGGGCACAUUUCCAGUGGACGUUGUGAAAAACAUCUUCUCCAAUACUUCUUCAAUCUACGCUUUUCACAGCCAGUUCCUGCUGCCAGCCCUGGAGAAGCGCAUGGGGGAAUGGAAUUCAACACCAAGGAUUGGUGACAUCCUUCUGAAGCUAACACCUUUUCUCAAAAUGUAUGCGGAAUAUGUCAAGAAUUUUGACCAUGCCAUGGAACUCUUAAAAAUGUGGACAGACCGAUCACCUCAGUUUAAAGCCAUCAUUCAGGAUAUCCAGAAACAGGAAGUAUGUGGGAACCUCACCCUGCAGCACCACAUGCUGGAGCCGGUGCAGAGGGUACCCCGAUAUGAGAUGCUGCUCAAGGACUACCUGAAGAAGCUCCCUCGGGACUCCUCUGACCGCAGUGACGCCGAAAAAUCUCUUGAAAUUAUUGCCAUGGCUGCCACACAUUCUAACAGUGCCAUUCGGAAAUCGGAUAAUCUGAAGAAGCUCUUGGAGAUAUACGAGAUGCUGGGCGAGGAGGAAGACAUUGUAAAUGCUUCCAAUGAGUUUAUUAAAGAAGGUCAGAUACUGAAGCUGGCGGCUCGCAACACCUCUGCCAUGGAGCGCUACUUGUUUCUGUUCAAUAACAUGCUGCUGUACUGUGUGCCAAAGUUCAGCUUGGUGGGACAGAAGUUCACGGUGCGAACUAGGAUAGGCAUCGAAGGCAUGAAGGUGGUAGAGACAUCCAAUGAAGACUAUCCCCACACCUUCCAGGUGUCUGGCAAAGAGAGGACUCUGGAGCUGCAGGCCAGCUCUGAGCAAGACAAGGUGGACUGGAUAAAGGCCUUCCAGCAAACUAUAGAAAUAUUCCAGCAGAAAAAUGAGACUUUCAAAUCUGCAAUAGCUAAAGAAUAUGAGGACCACUCUGGUGAAGUUUCUAGGGCAGAGUUGGGGAAGAGAGCCCCAAGGUGGAUACGGGACAAUGAGGUGACAAUGUGCAUGAAGUGCAGGGAGCAGUUUAACGCACUGACUCGAAGAAGGCAUCACUGUCGGGCCUGUGGUUAUGUGGUGUGCUGGAAGUGCUCUGACUACAAAGCCCAGCUGGAGUAUGAUGGCAACAAAAUGAACAAAGUAUGCAAGGACUGUUACUUAAUUCUGACAGGGCAUACCGACAGUGAGGAGAAGAAUGAUGGUAAAAAGAAAGGAAUCUUAGAGAUUGAAGCAGCUCAGUUCUCUGGCAACAGCAUCAUCUGUGGGUUCCUGCAAUACUCUGAGAAGACCAAACCGUGGCAGAAAGUGUGGUGCGUUAUUCCUAAGAAGGAGGCGUUCGUCUUGUAUUUGUAUGGAGCACCGCAGGAUGUGAAAGCCCAGUCUACGAUUCCUCUCUUGGGGUAUGCGGUGGACGAAAAUCCAAAACACAUGGACAUGCCUGCCAGUUUCAAACUGACCCAGUCCAAGUCAGUGCACAGCUUUGCGGCAGAAUCGGAGGAGCUGAAACAGAAGUGGCUGAGGGUGAUUAAGGUGGCAGUCACAGGGGAGGUUUCAGAGCCAAUCCAGCCUGAACAGAAUCUGGAAUCGGCAGGGUCACAGGACAGCAGGGCAGACAGCCUCUGAUCUUAACCUGUGGCACUGAUAAGGCAGGCUUUCCUUCUCCAGACAAGAAGCUUUUUCUCCACUGCAGUUCGAAUAGUACAAUCCCCUAUUGCCAUAAGCAGGACCUGUUUUACAAGAUUUAACACUAGAAAUGUGGAUUGGAAACUGCAAAAUGCAAGACUUUCAAAAUGCAUUCUUUCACCUGGGACGUGGAAUUUGCUGUGGCUGUGUUUUUGUUGCAUCCUUCAUACAUCGAGCAAACCCAAACAUAGCAAGGACAGUUACGAAUGGAGACAGUGCCUGUUUUAAAGCAAGAGAUCUAUCUCUGUUCUUUGUUUUUUGGUGCUUCAGUGAACAAAUUGUUCAACACAAGCACCCGCUCUCAUUAGACAUGCAAAUCAGUAUAGAUAUGUUAAAGAAAACAAGCAUUUAAUAUAUAGAUGUGAUUUUGCUCAUCUCUUUCUAAAGGAGGACCCAUUGUAUCUUCUUCGAUAUGACCACAACUGUAAAUAUGUUGAAAGGAUUUCCUUUUGAAAGAGUGGAGUUUGGACUGAAUUCUUCACUGGAAAGUAACAGAUGAAUUGUCAUAUAUUCCUAGCAACAUUCAUGCUUAAAAGUGGAUAAACUCUGUUGUAGGUUUCAUCCUUGACUUCCUACUCAUCACUAAGCUCUAUUCAAAACCAAAUGAAUUUCAAAUAACCAUGGAGAAAAAUUGAUCAAGUUCAAGAUGUUUGUAAUAAAACGCAUAGUAGAAAUACUGUAUGUGAGGCAUGAGUUCUCACUAUAGAAUAAGUAAGCCAUGUUUUUUCAGUCAUAUCCGUUUUCUUACUUGAUUCAUCAACGAUGUAAAAUGCACAGCAAACAAAUGUGGUCACCUGGAAUUUUAAAUGCUCUGUUACCUCUCCUAAAGACAAUAUGAUACAAUAUGUGUAAAGAUGAGCUUUCCAUGUUGGAUAAACACAGUAACAACAGACAGGUGUUCCAUGAAGGAAGCUGAACCGACUCCUAUGAAUUUUUCUGUUUUACUUAAAAUGUACCUUUUGAGACGAAUGACAAUAGCUGGUGCUAUCCAUUAAAAAAAUACAAAGCAGUGUGGCUUUUAAAGAAAACACAGGGUUGGUUAGAAAUUGUCCCCAUGGUGACUAAUUUACAUGUCUGUAAAUGUUAUAUGAUUCAUAAAGCAUUGUUCCCUGCAUAUGCAUCCAUAAAUCAUCCUGUUGUGUUCAGAAUUUGGGUACGUCUGUCGUUUCCAGUCAUAUCGAUAUUUUAAUCAAGUAUUACAAAGUAAGGCAACCUUCUUUUGUAUCAUAUACAGUAUGUAUCACAAUGCAAUGUCAAUGUCAAUGUCAAUGGCUAACUUCAGCUUUGGAGAGGUUUGUAUCACCUUGGCUUAUAAACUGUUCUCCAGACUAGCUAUAACAGAAUGUUACAUUACAAAUGAAACAGCCAAAUGAAAAUAUUUAAUUCCACAAAGCACAUACAGUUCAGGGCUUUGUUUUUGUAUAAAAAAUUAUAUUGAAACAUUUACAGGUUUAUGACCACAAUGUCUGAAAUGCCAAAAACUAAUACAGCAUUUAGAAGGUAAACCCAGUGUGAAAUAAAACAGAUCUGUAGAGUAAUAGGAGGGUUAAGCACAGGCCCUGCCAUAUUAGCAGGGACUGAAUAAAACAGAUACUGCAGAGGGCCUUUGUCCUUGAAUCACCGUCCUACUAACGUAGUAAGUUUUUUCAUAAUAUUUUUUAUUAAAUGUGAAACUGUUUCCAUUAAUUGUAAAGUAGCACCCUUACCAACGUUCACUGUUAACUGCAGAGAUAAUUAAGAUCAUACAUUUUUUUGCCAUUGUUUCAGUAACUCCUGACCUUCAGUUGUACAGAAAGAAUUCAAUCCUGGUAAAUACUUGUAUUUGCCAAUUAGUGCCAACAGUGAGAAAUGAGAGUUAACUGCAGUCGUAAGGUGUAAAAUUAUCAUCAGCCUACAGCAGAAAACUCCAGGUUCUUUGUUAGAAAAUUUAUUUUGAUAAUUUGAGUUGUGAUGGUUAUACUUUGCUUUUUUUUCUUUAAUCGCAGGGAAGAUGUAAAAUAUUGUAAAUGUCUGUAAUUUUUCAGAAAUUAAUGAGCUGAAAACAAUAAAAACACAAGUACAAUCAAGGAUCUUUGUCAGGCACAUACAUUGAUAACAAUGAGAAUGUUAUUUUUUUAAAAGAUACUGUAAUUUUAUUUAAUUUAUAGAAUGCACGCAUGAUCACAAAUUAGCACAAAACCAGUGUUUUAUUCCUACUGUACCUGUCUAAUUUGUCAACAUCAUAGCAACUGUGGUCAGAGCUGUGAAAUAACAUUUUUCCUUUCCCAGUAUGUGUCCAUUUUAAGGUUAAAUUAUACUAAUUCCUGUACAUUUUGGUUUUAAACCUGAAUCUUGAGACGUCAUGGUUGUGUUAAGAAUUCCUGCAGUAUGCCAUAAUUUUGAUAAUGGAUAUGAUCUUUUUCCAUCUUUUACAUAAUAUUGUUUAUUAUUAUUGUAAUGCUGAAAAUUACAUCAUUGCUACUGUCAGAUGUCAAAUGAUAAUCUGAAAAUGUAUAUUUUGUUCCUGUCACACACUUCUUUUAAAAAAAGUCAUUUUAGGUAAAAGGACACAAAGCACAUCUGGCAUCUUUUCAAUAAAAGAGACCUGAAUGUAAGAUAAGAGAUACUAAGACUGGAUGCAGUCCUGAUUUUCCCAAAUAUUUGAAAAUAAAUGCACUUUACUGUCAAUGAUUAAAUGUGGACCUUGUAAAAUAAACUACUACAUGAUUGUCCUUUU